AGUAACAACCAUGGAGCGGCGGGGACGGCGCUCGCUUCAUGCUCGGAUACUUGGCUCAUGUGACUUAUAGUUAUAUUGUUGCAAUACACGUAAAUAGGGUAUUAAGGAUUUCAUUUACACAUGGCGAACAGUGAAAUUGUAGGUGAGGUAAAACAUUUAUGGUUGUAGAGGAGCCGAGGGAUGUGGUCUUUGCACAUAGCAUGGAGUGCGCAAACUUCUCUGACCUUCUGUGCCACAAUGUCUCUGUGAACGUCACCGACAGCGUGGACAACUCCACGAGGUUGAUGUUGAGUGUGGAUGAUAAACCAACCUGGCUGUAUGUUGUCAUUGGAGUAUGUGUCGCCAUCAUGGGCAUCUUCGGCACCAUCGGCAACGGCACCGUCAUCUGCCUAUUCCUUAGGUACAAGAUUCUCCGGACGUCGGCCAACACGUUUGUCUUCAGCCUGGCAUGCACGGAUCUCCUGAUGUGUCUUGUGAACUUCCCCAUAUUCUCCACGGCCAACAUGACAGGGGCAUGGCCUUUACCCCCAGUGUCUUGUCAGGUGACUGGCUUCGUGGCCUCCCUCACCGGCUACAUCUCCAUCAACACCUUUGCAGCCAUGGCCAUCGACCGCUGCAGCGUCAUAAAGAGAACUAAACCAGUAACUGGAAGGCCAUCCAAAUGCUCCAAGGCUGGGACGGUGCUGGGCAUCUGGCUAUACUCCGGUAUAUGGGCAGCACUGCCCUUGGUGGGAUGGGGGCAGUAUGUACGGUAUGGGCCUACUGUAUGUUCCUUUGACUUUGAGUCAAAGGACAGCAACAACGUGUCUUUCAUCAUUAGUAUAUACGUGUUCUGCUUCACACUACAGCUUCUGAUAAUCAUCAUGUGUUACUCUUCCAUCUUUGCCACGGUGUACAUCCACGACAGAGAGCUAAGCAAGAUGAAGAUGAUACUUACCAAUGGAAGAGAACAUCGAACAGUGUCCAGACGAAUACUCGAGCUCAAAGUUGCACGAUUAGUCCUUAUCAUCGUGUUUCUCUUCUGUGUAUCAUGGGCCCCGUAUGCAAUACUUGCUCUGAUAAACAUGUUUGGAUGGCGACACCUCGUGACGCCAAUUGGCGUGGUGUUAGCAGGGGCUCUUGCCAAAAUAUCAACUGUGAUCAACCCUAUAAUUUAUGCCAUCUAUGCUCCAAAGUUCAGGAGUUGUAUUGCAUUGUGUUGUAAGGCUGGGAAUGACGACACACGGAACUAUAAUCCCUCAGCUCUCUAUCAGGCCACAUUCCAUAAUACCAGCUCAAGACAGAGGUCAUUAACGAACAACACACAUCCGUCACACGUGUGAGGUCGGGAUCCGCACAGGGGGAAUGAGUCUUUGAACUGGGAUAACAACAUGACAGCCGUAUAGAGUCGGGCAGUGAACCACGAGCAAAUCGCUUGGUAAAGGAACAUCGGUCGACGAUACUGGAGUACACUUUGACAAAAAAAAACAAGCCGUGAUUAUUACCAUGUAUAUGUAGAGAUCAACGUGAUCACCUGAUAUAAACCUGAAGAGCUGAGAAUCUUUUCUGUGGCCCUGGAUUGCUCAAUACAUUUAGGUUUAUGAUCAUACAACAGUGUAAAGUGACAGUGCGCAAGUACAUGACAUUAACAAUACAUAUGACGCGCUUAUUAUUGUACACAUAUUUAGUUUCGUCAAUCCACAUAGUUAACACAAAUUGCAAACACA